AUGCCCAGAAAGGCAAUAUUCAACACUAGAGCUCCUUUGAUUAUGUUGAAAAUCUUGUGUACAAAAAUAUGCAACCAACUUUAUCUCCCAAAGAAACCCAACAAUAAUUAUACCCAAAACUUGCUUCCUUUUCCCUCUAAUCUGAAAGAAUCAUCAACUACUCCAAAUCAAACUCUUGUAUUUGGUCUUGAAAGGGUGCUCUUGAAAUCUUGUUCAAUCUUUCCUUACUUCAUGUUGGUUGCCUUCGAAGCUGGAGGGCCAUUAAGAGCUCUAGUUUUGUUGCUUCUGUACCCUUUUGUUUGCUUGGCUGGUGAAGAAUUGGGAUUGAAGAUUAUGGUGUUUGUUUGCUUUGUGGGUAUUAAAGCGGAUAGCUUUAGAGCUGGAAGAGCUGUGUUGCCCAAGUUUUUCUUGGAAAAUGUUGGGAAACAAGGGUUUGAUAUGGUGAUGAAGUGGGAGAGAAAGGUGGGAUUGACUAACAUGCCAAGAGUAAUGGUUGAAGGGUUUUUGAGAGAGUACUUGGGAAUUGAAGAUGUUUUGGGUAGAGAAUUGAAAUUAUGUUGUGGGUUUUUUGUGGGCUUGAUGGAGGAAAAAAGAGAGCAAUUUGGGAUGGAAAAAAUGGACCCUCAUCAUGUUAUUGGUCUAAUUGGAUCUAAUACCAAGUCAUUUGGUCAUGAACUCACUUCACUGUGCAAGGCAAUCUACUUGGUUUCUGAGGCUGAAAAGAGGACAUGGGAGGUGCUUCCAAGGGAGAAAUACCCAAAACCCUUGAUCUUUCAUGAUGGGAGAUUGGCUUUUAUGCCAACUCCACUAGCAAGCUUAGCUUUGUUCAUGUGGAUUCCAUUUGGGUCUUUUCUCUUUAUCAUAAGGUCAAUAGUUGGAAUACUCUUACCCUAUAAACUGUCCAUACCAAUCUUAUCCUUCACUGGCAUGCAAGGAAUCCUCUUAAACCCAAAAUCCAGCUUCAAUUUCUCUACUACUCCAAGCCAGAAACCAUCAAAACCCAAAGGGAGACUAUAUGUGUGCAACCACAGAACACUUUUAGACCCACUCUUUGUCUCAGCUGCUCUAAUGAAGCCUCUCACAGCAGUCACAUACAGUUUGAGCAAAGUGGUUGAGUCAUUCUCCCCAAUCAAGACGAUCCGGCUAACGAGAAAUCGGGACACAGACUCAAAGAAGAUGAAGGAGUUGCUUAGCCAAGGUGACCUUGUGGUAUGUCCAGAGGGAACAACUUGUAGAGAGCCGUAUCUGUUAAGGUUCAGUCCUUUAUUUGCAGAAUUGAGUGAUGAGAUAGUCCCAAUUGCAUUAGACUUCCAAGUGAGCAUGUUGUACGGAACCACUGCUGGUGGAUUGAAAUGUCUAGACCCAGUUUUGCUACUCAUGAAUCCAACCACAAUUUGCUGUGUCAAGGUUCUUGAUGAAUUGCCAAGACAAUUCAAAGUUGGAAAAUCAAAGUUUGAGGUGGCUAAUCAUGUUCAAUCGCAGAUUUCCAAAGCCUUGGAUUUUGAGUGCACAAGCUUCACCAGGAAAGACAAGUACAUGUUAUUGGCAGGUAAUGAGGGGAUUGUCAAAUUAUAGAAAAUGAAAGAUUUCCUUUUACAAAGUCACACAGGGAAAAUAGGCUAAAAAGCCUUUAUAUAUAUAUAUAUAAAUAGUAGUUAAUAUGUUGUGUUUUGUUAUUAUUUGUAACAACAAUCUUAUAGAUCCCGGUUGUUUUUGUCUAAAUUAUCUCAAAUAUUGAGAUGGAUUAUGUGUGUCCAUAUCAACAUUUGUUAUAGAUGAGACAAGAGACAUUGAGAUUAACGUGUUUUUCGAUAUUUGUAAUACACUUUAAAUGAAUAAUUAGUUAUUUAUCUC